AUGGUCGUCCACAACCUUGCAGAGUAUGUAGCCUACCAUCAAGCCAAGCUGCGCGAGGAGCAGCAGGCUCGUAGUGCUCCCAAACCUGCUAAAAAGUACGGUGUUAACCCCAUCCACAGCAAAUCCUCCUUCAACACGUCGGUCGUGGAGGCUCCUGCCGACCGGCUGGUCGUCCUCGACUGCUUCGCCACCUGGUGCGGCCCCUGCAAAGUCAUCGCGCCCGAGGUCGCCAAGUUCUCCGAGUCGGCUGAAUUCAAGGAAAAGGUCGACUUUUACAAGGUCGACGUCGACGAAGUCCCCGAUGUCGCCCAGGAACUCGGCGUGCGCGCCAUGCCCACGUUCAUGAUCUUCAAGAACGGCCAGAAGGUCGCCGAGGUCGUGGGCGCCGACAAACGAGCCCUCGAGGCCGCCAUCAAGAAGAAUUUGUAA